GGAAGGACGCGGCGUCUCCGCAGAGAGCGCGGUUGCUAUGACGCCCGUGACCGGACCGGCACCUGCAGCUCUCCGCUGAGCAGCGGUGGAGCGUAGCGGCCCCCAGACACUCACUGCGCUCGCCAAAGGACAAUUUCCGGCCUGGUUCCUGAGGUUCCCGCCGCAACCCCAAGGAGGAAAGCAGCUAUUCUCCGCUUUUUUUUUUUUUUUUUAAGCAUUCCAGGUCUUUCCCGCUUUUCUGCCCAGCAGGGCCCGAAACGACAGGAGAAGAGACUCACCUGGCUUGGCCUUUCUCUGCCUGAGGAUGGAUUCGCCGGUUUCCCGGGACCCACCCGCCUCAGGCCUUUAGAAUUAGGCUGCUGCUUUUAUUUAAAAAGGGCUUAGAACCCUCAGUCUGUUAGGUAGACGUUCCUUUUCUCACUUUCCAGGCGAAGACUCACCCCUGCACAGAGACUGCGUCUGAAGGUCCAGGCCAUGACAAAGUCCACCGAGCCACGGAUUCCCCUGGUUGUCGGCCUGUGAACAAAGAACUGCCGUUUUCUCCGUUUUGCCCUAUGUUCGCCAUGCAGAACUUUAAUUCCUGAUGAAGCUCUGGAGGCCUUUUGUAUCCUCAACAUCAGACGUCAUCAAAUAGACCUGGAGCUUAGCAGAGAUGGAUUAUUAUUUAAUCUUCCUAACAACCCAAUGAGGGAAAAGUUCAAUUAGAAGACUUACUUCACCAUCUUGAGAAAGAAGGGAUUGAACUCCUUGCCUUUACAGAAGAACAACUCUACUUUGUCUGGUGCUUGUUACAGCAAAGACAGGCUGAGGACUGCUACCAGAAAUCUAGAAGAGCUGUCAGGGAAGCACAUGGAAGAAAUUAAAGAAGUGGAAAAUUAUGCAAACCGUGUCUGUAACUUACCAGAGGAAAAUGAAGCAUUUUCUCAUGGUUACGAAAAGGAAAGCAAGCAGCCUAGACAUGAGUUUAAAGAGCUCCAACUCAAACCGGAAGUGCAAAUAAAGGAGGUCGAAAUGUUGUAUGAAGAAGGCUUGUCUGAAAUAGCUCUGAGCAGCCCUAGUGAACAGAUUGCACACUUACUCAUGGAAAGAAGUACACUCUUGAGGAAACUGGAACGAGGGGAUCCCAAACCAGAAUCACAAAGAUGUCUGAGCAGUAACCUACAGAAAGAAUUUCCCCAGGAGAAAUUUGAACAAACUCACCAGCCUCUGCAAAGGGAACAUCAGAAACAUCAAGAACUUGUGCAUCAGUCUACAAAAAGUCUGAGUGAGUCCCAUAAUGAAGACCCAGAAAAAGGUAAAAUAUCACAAAACUGCAGAGAGAGAGAUAUGGAACAAGUAACAAGGAGGUUAGGGAUGGCCCAUGAAGAGAUCCGAAGGCUCACUGAUGAACUGCAAGGGAAGGAGAAAGAACAGAGUAAAUUAGAUUCUGCACUUGAGAAGUCUCAACUAGAAAUUGAGAAAUUGAAAGAAAAUUUGAUAAAGCUGAAAGAAAAUGACUCAGUUGACCUACGGAAAGCAAAGGAACAUAAUCAGAGACUGGAUGAGGAAAUUUUGGCUUUAAGAAAUCGAGUUCGAUCACUUGACUCAGAAAAAAAGGUACUUGGAGAAGAGGUUGAAAGGCUUAAAGGAGAAAUUUGUGACUCUCAAGAGAAUAAGCAACUUGGAAACCACUCUCCUGGAAAAAUGGUGGGUGCUGAACAGAAAGUAGAGUAUCCAUCAUCUGGAGAAAAACUGAAAUACCAGCAGCAAGAGGAGCUACAGCAACUUCGCCAGAAUUUGCACCGGCUCCAGAUUCUGUGCAACUCAGCAGAAAAGGAGCUUCGAUAUGAGCGAGGAAAGAACUUGGACUUAAAGCAGCAUAACAGCUUACUUCAGGAAGAAAGCAUUAAGAUCAAAAUUGAACUCAAGCAGGCCCAGCAGAAGUUAUUAGACAGCGCAAAGAUGUGCUCUUCACUCACGGCUGAGUGGAAGCACUGUCAGCAGAAAAUCAAGGAACUGGAGCUGGAAGUACUUAAACAGGCUCAGAGCAUUAAAUCACAGAACAACCUACAGGAAAAGCUGGCUCAGGAGAAAUCUAGAGUUGCUGAUGCAGAGGAAAAGAUUUUGGAUCUGCAGCAGAAAUUAGAACAUGCUCAUAAAGUCUGUCUCACAGACACUUGUAUUUUGGGGAAGAAGCAAUUAGAGGAAAGGAUAAAAGAAGCAAUAGAAAAUGAAGCUAAAAUAAAGCAACAGUAUCAGGAAGAACAACAGAAGAGGAAAUUCCUAGAUCAGAAUAUGAAUGAGCUACAAAAGCAAGUGAAAAUCUUAAAGGAUAAAGAGAAUCAACUGGAAAUGACCAGUUCUCAGCAACAAUCCAGAAUUCAGCAACAAGAGGCCCAACUUAAACAACUGGAAUAUGAAAAAAGAAAAUCUGAUGAGCAGCUCAAGAGCAACCAGGAAUUGUCAAAGAAGCUGUCUGGGUUGCAGCAGGAGAAGGAAGCUCUACGUGAAGAGUAUGGGCAAUUUUUGAAGCAGCUUGAUGUCCAUGUGAGAAACUAUAAUGAGAAGCAUCACCACCACAAAGCCAAGCUUCGCAGAGUCAAGGAUCGUUUAGUUCAUGAAGUAGAUCUCCGAGAUGAGAGAAUCAAACAACUUGAAAAUGAGAUUGGAGCCCUGCGGCAACAAAUGGAAAAGGAGAAGGCAUUCCAGGACCAGAUCACCACCCAAAAUGAUAUCCUGCUCCUAGAAAAGAGGAAACUUCUGGAGCAGCUCACAGAGCAAGAGGAAUUGAUCCACGGCAAUAAAUGGAUAAUAUCUUCCGUCCAGAGCAGAGUACUUUUCCUGGAUAAAGAAAAUAAGCAGCUACAAGAAAACCGUCUCCGGCUCACCCAGCAGGUUGGUCUCUUAGAACGGAUCAUAAGGAGCAUCCAGAUCCGCAGAGGGGAGGAAACAACAAUUAGUGACAUCCCUGAAUUUGAAGUAUUGAAUAAAAUUGUGCCCUUACCAAACUCCAGUUUUUCAGGAACGGGUUUGGUAGAGUCAGCUGGAAGUCUUCAAGAAACUGAAGAACAUAGGUCAGAAGAAGCAAUGGCAAACCCCAAGUCCCUCGAGUCUCUUUCGUGUUCACAGAAUUCUGAAGCUGGAUACAUAAACGUGGCUUCUCUGAAAAAAACACAUCGCAUCCAAGAAUAAGGCCAAGUCAGAACUAUAAAAUCACUGGUGUCUAAAACUAGGCUGAUCAAAGCUGCUAACUUAAAGCUUGGGCGUGAGGGUGGAGCAUGACGUGGAGAAGAGUUAUGACAGAUCCUCACUGGACGUCAACCAGGAGUCUUCAAAAUUGCUGAUAAAUUCAUUAAACCUGUUCUAAAAAUGGAUUUCUCAAGUUUGUUUGGUAUCCUCAAAUGCCUUGUAUUGAUCAAUGUCGUGACUUAAGUUCAGUGGUUUAAUUAGGGGUUUUUUUUAAAGAUUUUUUUUGAUGUGGACCAUUUUUUUUAAAGUCUUUAUUGAACUUGUUACAAUAUUGCUUCUGUUUUUUAUGUUUUAGUUUUUUGGCCUCAAGGCAUGUGGGAUCUUAGCUCCCCAACCAGGGAUCGAACCCACACCCCCUGCACUGGAAGGCAAAGUCUUAACCACUGGAUCGCCAGGGAAGUCCCUAAUUAGGAUUUUGUUCAGUAGAGCACAUAUACAGCUAAUUCAGCAUUCUUUCUAUUCUUAUUAUAAAGGGUAUUUUCUUAUUUAUUUUUUAAUUUAAAAGUAAAAACAAUGUAAUCACCUUAAAGCAAAUAUUUGAGGAAAAAAAAAACCCUAUAAAGCCCACAUUCUUAACACAACUAUUUUCAUUUAUUCUUUUCUGGUUCUUAUUCAAAUGUAUAUAUUUUAAAUGGUUAUCAUAUUGUAUAUUCAUUUUCAUAGUCUGGUUUUAAAUUUAAUAUUUCAUAAAACAUUUUCCCAUGUUUCAACAGUCUUCAUAAUUAUUCUUUCAAAAGCCACAUGGUAGGGCAUCCCUGGUGGUGCAGUGGUUAAGAAUCCACCUGCCAAUGCAGGCGACACAGGUUCGAGCCCUGGUCUGGGAAGAUCCCACAUGCCGCGGAGCAACUAAGCCCGUGCGCCACAACUACUGAGCCUGCACUCUAGAGCCCGUGAGCCACAACUACUGAGCCUGCGUGCUGCAACUACUGAAGCCCGCGUGCCUAGAGCCUCUGCUCCACAACAAGAGAAGACACUGCAAUGAGAAGCCCGCGCGCAGUAAAAGAG